CCACCUCCUCCUCGCUUCACCCUCCUCUCCCCCCUCCUCUCUCAAAUCACCUUCCUCGGCCAAAACGACGCCGUCCUCCCCAAAAACGCAGACAGAUCCCGGAUCCUCCUAGCCAGGGACUGCGCCGGAGGGAACCUGGCCCACCACGUGGCCGUACGCGCCUGUCAGUGUCGGACAGUCAAGUUGGCCGGGUUGGUAUCUAUCCAACCGUUCUUCGGCGGCAAGGAGCGAACCGAGUCAGAGAUCCGGCUCGAGAAGGAUCCAUUGGUCUCGGUGACCCUAACCGACUGGCUGUGGAAGGCGUUUUUGCCGGUCGGGUCGACCUGGGACCAUGAGGUGGCGAACUUGAGCGGGCCGAACGCGGUGGACAUUUCGGGUAUGGAGUAUCCGGCGACGGUGGUGUUCGUGGGAGGAGCGGAUCCGCUGCAGGACUGGCAGAUGAGGUACUAUAAUUGGUUGAGGAAAUCAGGGAUUGAGGCCAAGCUGAUCGAGUAUCCCAAUAUGUUUCAUGGCUUCUAUGCCUUGACGACGGGUCUGGGUUGGACGGAGGAGAGCAGCACGAAGCAGUCCAAGGCCUCGCUUGUUUGUUGUGCAGCUUUGUUUAUGUAUUUGCUAGUUCAUCCAUGGUGUUCGGUUCAAAUUGGUUUCUGUAGAGUUUGAUUGAUUGUGCAGGUCUGGUUCUUGGAAUUUGCUGAUAUAUGAUGGCAAUGGGAUUGGUGGUUGAGCUCGGUGGUGGUGGUUGUGGUGAUU